GGGGCUGAGGGAGUAGCAGGGGCUUCUGAAAACAUUACUCCUUCUGUUUGGACAACCAUGGCUGCCUUUGAAAGCCCUCCUUACAAACCUGUACUUAGCACUGCGGUAAGAAGUGUGCAGUGUGUAUGGUGAGUAUCUGGCCGCGUGUGUGUGGCAGGGGAGGGCUCCGUGGGCAGCUCUGUGUCUGUGUUCCCUGCCAGCCUCCAGCAGAGCUGCCUGCUGUGCUCGGACACAGCUCCCCAAACCCCCUCCUCACCUCGUCAUCCCAAGUUCACAGGCCUUCGGGGGGCAUUUUUCUUUGUCAUUUGUUUUCCUUUUUUUCUUCUCUUUGCCUCCCUCCCCAUGUUCCCCCUCCUUCCCAGCCUUCUAAAUAGGAGAUGUUCUCAGGACAGCGCCCAGGAGACUGGCUGGAAUCAGUUUUGGAGGGUGAUGCACCGCGACAGCUAAAAGUUGGAUAGGGUUUCAGCAGCUCCUAUAUAUAAAGCAGUGGGGACUUAUGUCACCGCACUAAUUAAAUUCCAUCUGGGUUGCUCCUCGGGGUGUUUUUGAGCCUGCCACCCCACAGGAGCAGGCAGAGGGGCCCAGGGACAGCAUGAUGAUGGACCUUUUCGAAACUGGCUCCUAUUUCUUCUACUUGGAUGGGGAGAAUGGGGCCCUGCAGCAGCUGGAGAUGGCAGAGGGCUCCCCGCUGUACCCGGGCAGCGACGGCACCCUGUCCCCGUGUCAGGACCAACUGCCGCCGGAGGCUGGCAGCGACAGCAGCGGCGAGGAGCACGUGCUGGCCCCGCCGGGCCUGCAGCCCCCGCACUGCCCCGGCCAGUGCCUCAUCUGGGCCUGCAAAACCUGCAAGAGAAAGUCGGCCCCCACCGACCGGCGGAAAGCGGCCACGCUGCGGGAGCGGAGGAGGCUGAAGAAGAUCAACGAAGCCUUCGAGGCUCUGAAAAGGAGGACUGUGGCCAACCCCAACCAGCGGCUGCCCAAGGUGGAGAUCCUCAGGAGCGCCAUCAGCUACAUUGAGAGGCUGCAGAACCUGCUGCACAGGCUGGAUCAGCAGGACAAAAUGCAGGAGGUGGCGGCGGACCCCUUCAGCUUCAGCCCCAAGCAGGGAAACGUCCCCGGCUCCGACUUCCUGAGCACCUGCGGCUCCGACUGGCACGGCGCUUCCGACCAUUCCCGCGCGCUGGGGAGCAGCCCCAAAGCAGGGGGCUCCAUGGUGGAGUCGUCGGCCUCCAGCAGCCUGCGCUGCCUCUCCUCCAUCGUGGACAGCAUUUCCUCCGACGAGCCCAAGCUGCCCGGCGCGGAGGAGGUGGUGGAGAAAUGAGCGCCGCGGCGGUGCGGCCGCCUCGGGACACGCUGCCCUCGGAGACCCGAGCCGCACGGACUCUUCUCUCACCUCUCUUUCUAUCUUCCGUUUUGUUUUCUUGAAGUUUUGUCCCACAGACCACCCCCCAUCCCUUUUUUUUUUUUUUUUUUUUUUAAUUAUUUUUAACUGACGGUACUUAGCGUUGUACCGGCGGAGCGCUCGCCCUGCGCCCAGCCGAGCAGUCCAUUCCUGUCAGGGUGAAGCCGUUUGGCUGCGUUUCGUCUGCGUCGUGCUCAGAGCGUCCCCGCCUCGUUUCGCGUCUUGUAAAUAAUUUCAGUACUGCCUUUUGUAAACGUGACAGAUGUGUAUUUAAAUGAUGGACGUGAUAUUGUAUAUAAGAAAGGGUUCCUCGGACUGUAAAAUAAAAGCUCUUUGUGUUA